AUGGAUGGCCAGUGUAAUGAGACCCUAAAAGUGACAGCAGAAAUUGAACCUCAAUACGUCACUUCCCCUGGAUAUGACGACGACAGGCUCUACUCGGGGGAUUUAACCUGUCGAUGGCAGAUAAAGGCAGCGCCAGGAACUAACCUCGUUUUCAGCCUGACUAUCAGCCAUAUUCCAUGUUUCUUAGGAGACUAUGUCAAAAUCUUUUUAGACAAUGAAACACAAGUUUUAAACAACGGAGAUUUUUGCGGCAAAGCUAAAUCCUUUGGACCAAUGAGCUUUGAGAACUCCUCUGUGUUGGUUGUUGUGUUUGUUUCGAGAUCUUCGAAUGUCAUGACUAUGUCCAAACAAGGAUUUCGCCUGCAGUAUCUCUCUGCUAUAGACUUGUCUGGCAACGGUUGUCAGGGAAAGCAGGUAUUAAUGUCGGACGACACAUCACAGUAUAUUUCAUCUCCAAAUUUCCCUUAUCGUUAUCCACCGAAUGCUGAAUGUGAAUGGGAAAUCCGGGCACCAGUUGGAUAUGACGUCAACGUUUUGAUAGUGUUCAUUGACAUUGAAAAUGAUAUGUUGUGUUCAUUUGAUUCUAUAAAAUUUCAGGAAGGGUCAACGCUGAAUAUAAACUCCCUUUGUACGGAGAACAAUUUUAGCUUUGGAAAUGUUCGGGGAAGUAGUUUUACAGUGUCCUUCAGCAGUGACGACUCCGAAAACAGACACGGCUUCCUCUUACGCUACAGAUCUACAGAGGCUAUCUCAAAAGAUUGUUCCGAAAGUAAAGCAGACAUUGUUUUCCUACUGGACUCCUCCGGAAGUGUCGGAGAGACAAACUUUGCUUUCCUGACCUCCUUCAUAGGUGAUCUCAUAUCUGACUUCAACAUUGGACCGGAAUUUAUUCAAGUUGGUUUGGUCACUUACGAAACAAGUGUCUCUAACCACUUUGAUCUGAAUCAAUAUGCCACAAAGGAGGCUCUUAUAAACGCAACUGACAAUGUUUCUUACAAAGGGGGAUGGACAUAUACUGAUAAGGGACUCAAUUACACUCUGAGGCACAGCUUUACGGAGGAACAUGGGGCGCGGUCCGAUACAACACGCGUCCUUCUAGUGUUCACUGACGGAGUCUCCAAUCACCCUUUGUCGACUAGAGCAAUGGCACUAGAAGUGAAGAAUGCUGGAAUUAUCGUUAUUCCUGUAGGCGUAGGAUCGGGCGUAGACUCGCCGGAGCUAUUUUUUAUCUCUUCUCGAGAAGAAUACGUAUUCCGGGCUACCUCGUUUACGGACCUUGACCCAAUAAAGAACUCCUUAGAAAAUAUCAUUUGUAAAAUAAUCAGUUCCUUGUCACAGCACUUCUUUCAGACUACAGAAAUUCUUCCAAUUUUUGCACCACCUCUUCUCGAAUCAAAUACUUCUCCGAGUUACUCGGGAGUCACUGCGAAUCAAGAACCAUCCACAACGGAAUCGCUCUCAUCAACCCCAGCAACUAGCGAAGCUACUUCCUCGGAGUAUAGCGCAUCAUCAAUAACCUCGUCCAAUCAAAUGUCAACUAUUGGUGCGUCUUCAACUACCUCGUCCAAUCAGAUGUCGACUACAAGAGCGUCAUCCAGCCUUUCGACCAAUCAGACGUCCACUACAGGAAAUAGUACUACAAAGGAAGAAAUCACGGAUGGAUUCACUUCCUCUGUCUACCUCACGCCAACCGGAACAAUGCCGGAUGAUCCCUCUGUCAUCUCAACGACAACGCUGAAAUCGACACAACGAACCUCUUGCCCUAAACAAUCAACCAAAGGAUCUGCAACAGAUCUCUUCGGGGAUUUCGUGCUGACUCGGGACACGAUCGCCAUUAUUUCUGUAUGCACAGUUUUUGUCUUCCUGUCCCUGAUUUCCUGCUGCCUUCUGAUUUGUUUGUGCAUAGCUAGGCAGCGGGCAAAGAAGAGAGCGGCAAAGCGAAGGAAGCUCCACGGAGAUCUGGAGAAGAAUGAUCGUAAACACUUACCUUCUGUAUACAACAACUAA